AUGGCAGGACAUUCUGUUAAAUCGUUCCACAAUUCACCCUUUCCAAACUGGAGCAUCGGGAUGACACAAGAGUUUGCUGAUAUCAUUAUCAAUUCACCAUUGAAAGAUAUCAUGAAAACCCCGAAAGACCAAUGUCCAAGUCCUCUUCCAUUAUCAAUUGUUCCUAUUCACAGUCAUGACGGUGCUGCCAAUGCAAGAGAGUUAAGGCCAAGAAAUAAGCCCCCUGUACUACGUUCUCUGUUCAUUGUACGGGCAGUAGAUAUAACCAAACGUAUAUCACGUGCUUACAACGACCUAUCUGAAUGGGCUUUCUCAACACAAGGUCAUCCAAGUGACGAACUGUUUCGGACAUGUGUUGGUGUAGCUGUUGAACGCUUUCACAUGGAAAGCUUUUUCCCCAAAUGUGAACUGUUUGGAAACAUACGGGAUUGUUGGAGUCAUAUGUUAAAUUUCAAUAAAGAUUUGCGUUCCAAUCUAUCUCCUCGCAGACUAUUUGCCACUACCACGUUGACGGCACAAUCUCAAUAA